UGUCCUGAAGACUAUUUUCAAUGCAAUAAUUUGAAGCGUGUUCCUUUUUAUGUCCGGUGCGAUCAUAAGCCAGAUUGCCUUGAUGGUUCAGAUGAAGAAAUUGCUAUCGAUGUUCUAAACAAGGCGACUUGUAAUGCUAACGAAUACCAAUGCAGCCUUAGCGGUAAAUGUAUUCCUCGAGAUGCUAUGUGCAACAACAUUUAUGACUGCGACGACUGGACUGAUGAAUUAUAUUGUCAAUAUCGACCAUGCUCCGAUAAUCAGUUUACUUGCCAAAAUGGUGCAUGCAUCCCUUUAAAUAAAAGGUGCAAUGGCUACGAAAACUGUUUAGACGGUUCUGAUGAAUUACUAUGUGGUUAG